AUGACGCCCACGAAAACAACAAAAACUGAAGUAGAAAUGGUGAUACGGAAUAGAAAAACUGUUAUGAAAGACGGGAUUAUGACAAUGUCUGGCAUCGGCGAGCCCUCUGUGUUCCACGCUCUGGUGGUGAUAUUUCUGGAGUUUUUCGCGUGGGGACUGCUCACGAUGCCCAUUAUCUCUGUGCUGAACGUUACAUUCCCGGAUCAUACGUUUUUGAUGAACGGUUUAAUAAUGGGUAUCAAGGGCAUCCUAUCAUUCCUGUCUGCGCCACUGAUCGGCGCGCUGUCGGACGUGUGGGGUCGCAAGUUCUUCCUGCUGGUUACAGUGUUCUUCACCUGCGCACCAAUCCCUCUCAUGACCAUCAACACAUGGUGGUUCUUCGCCAUGAUAAGCAUCAGUGGUGUGUUUGCCGUCACGUUUUCGAUUGUGUUCGCGUACGUGGCUGAUGUAACUACAGAAGCAGAGCGCUCACGGGCUUACGGCCUUGUUUCUGCCACCUUCGCUGCUAGCAUGGUGAUCUCACCCGCUUUGGGUGCUUAUCUUAUGGAUUUAUAUGGUGAGGCCUUAGUGGUCGCUACUGCUACAGCUGUCGCCAUCCUGGACGUGUUUUUUAUCAUGGUUGCAGUGCCAGAGAGCCUCCCAGAAAAAGUUCGGCCAAGUGGUUGGGGACCUGCUAUAAGCUGGGAACAGGCCGACCCAUUUGCAGCAUUGCGUAAAGUUGGUGCGGAACGUACAGUGUUAAUGUUGUGUGUGGCAGUGUUUCUGUCCUACCUCCCAGAAGCUGGACAAUACUCUUGCAUAUUUGUGUAUUUAAAACUAGUGAUGGGCUUUGACGUUGUGGAAGUGGCAAUAUUUAUUGCAAUUGUAGGAGUGCUCAGUAUUGGUGUCCAAGUAGUUCUUGGUUUUCUGAUGAGAUCACUCGGAGCUAAACAUACUAUAAUGGUUGGACUGCUGUUUGAAAUGUUACAGCUUAUGUGGUAUGGCUUUGGUAGCCGAAGAUGGAUGAUGUGGGCUGCUGGAGUGCUGGCUGCACUCGGCUCUGUCACCUACCCUGCUAUUAGUGCUUAUGUAUCGGUAAAUAGCCGAGCAGACAGGCAGGGAGUAGUGCAAGGCAUGGUGACAGGGGUGCGUGGACUGUGUAACGGUCUAGGCCCAGCCAUGUUUGGAGUGAUAUUCUACUUAUUCCAUGUAGACUUGAAUGAGGAGCAUGCAGUAGCAGGAAAGCCGAUGGAAGAAAAGUAUGUGCGCAUGGUGCCAGGCCCGCCGUUUGUGCUGGGCGCUUUGCUAGUGAUUUGUGCGCUUUUGGUGGCUGCGUUUCUACCUGAGGAUGGAUCGGCAGGCGCGCGGCGAGCCCCGCCCGACCUGCGCUUCGAGAUGGAGUGCGGUCGGCGCGUGGCGGGCCCGCUGUCGCCGCUUAUGGCGCCAGAAUCAGCAGCGCUCUAG